AUGCUGAGUCCGAAGAUGCACGGCCGGUCGUGCCGCGUCAACGACGGUCAACUCAUAGCGCUGUCGGAACGCGCGCAGUACGAUCACUCGCAGGCCGGUUACUUGCACAAAAGAAGUUCGGAUAACACGAAGUGGCAGCUACGUUGGUUCAUUCUUUAUCAGAAUCUUCUCUUCUACUACGAGUCAGAGAACAACACGCGGCCGACCGGCGUACUCCUUCUCGAAGGCUCAUACUGUGAACGACUCAGCAAGGCGCCCACCGAACGAAAUGCUUCUUUCUGCUUCACGAUAUCAUAUCGGCGAGAGAGCCAGAGACAGUAUGAGCUGCGAGCGGCUUCCGAAGUCGAUUGCGUGCAUUGGGUUGACGCUAUCAGGGAGGCGAGUUUCAACAAGCUGCUACUCCAGAAGGAAGAGUUGGAACAGAAGCAACUACACUUGCUCCAGGUGGUGGAGAGCGAGCGGACGUCCAGGUGGCAGUACGCGCAGCAAUGCGAUGAGCUCGCUAACGAAGUUAAGAAACUGAGAACAGAGCUGUGUGCCUACAAGAAGGAGCACGAACCAAAUACGUGCACGGCGUCUACCACAAGUCUCUCUCCAUCAGACUCUGAAGACAUCGAUCCAACAGAACUGAAAAAGAUUAAAAAAGUUCAGAGCUUCUUUCGAGGAUGGCUCUGUCGACGUCGCUGGAAGCAAAUCGUUGAGCAAUACAUCAAGAGCCCGCACGCUGAAAGUAUGAGGAAGAGAAACAGUCUUGUUUUCAAAAUGGUCGAAGCUGAAGAGGAGUACUUGGAACAAAUGGAGAUAUUGGUGACGUGUUUUCUGCGACCCUUCAAAAUGGCAGCCAGCUCCAAGAAACCACCUUGCACUCAUGAAGAUGUGAACUCAAUUUUCCUGAAUAGUGAAACAGUCCUGUUCCUCCACCAGAUAUUCUUCAAAGGCUUAACGUCGAGAAUGGAGUCAUGGCCAACACUUGUUUUGGGAGAUCUAUUCGACAUGCUACUUCCGAUGCUGACGAUCUAUCAGGAGUAUGUCAGGAACCACCACUACUCGCUACAAGUUCUCACGGAGUGCAAGCAGAGCCAGCCCUUCACCCACCUGCUGGCAAGGCUGGAAGGGAAACCCGCAUGUCAAGGGAGGUCUUUGGAAACAUUUCUGACAUAUCCCAUGCAUCAGAUCCCGCGCUACAUAAUAACGCUGCACGAGCUUCUGGCGCACACGCCGCACGACCACGUGGAGCGCCGCAGCCUGACGCACGCGCGCGCGCAGCUCGAGGAGCUCUCGCGGCAGAUGCACGACGAGGUUAGUGAAACAGAAAAUCUCAGGAAGAAUCUAGCCGUGGAGCGCAUGAUCAUCGAAGGAUGUGACAUCCUUCUUGACGUUAAUCAAGUUUUCAUACGACAGGGCACUUUAUCCCAAGUGGUCGGUAAAGGUCGCCGUGCGAACUUGCAAUCGCGCCAGGCGUUUCUCUUUAGCAAUCAUCUGCUACUGACAACCAGAGCGGCCGGAGGAAGGCUACAUCUGCCGAGCGCCGGUAGGCUGCCGUUACACGAUGCACUGUUGAUUGAAGACCCAUCUAAUCAUGACGAUGAUGAUUCCACGUCAGUGUGCUCAUCGCCCGGUGGAGACAUGUACCAGUCGAAAGACUUUAAAAUACUCGUCGAAGUUAAAGGCGAACAGAUCUGCGCUCAUUUAGUUGCAGCAACACUCGAAGAAAAAGCAGCAUGGACCAGUGAGUUAGCGCAGUGCAUGGAAAGCGCAGCGCUAACAGAACUCCUCAGAGCUUGUGGAUCGUGUGGAGCAGCGUCCGCGAGCCUGCCCGCCUGUCGCUCCGAUCGGGCCUUAUUUACUGACGAUGUGGAUAUACGGUUCAGCAGAACCCUCAACUCGUGCAAGGUUCCGCAAAUCAGAUCGGCUACUCCAGAGAGAUUGUUGCAGAGAUUGACUGAUUUGCGGUUCCUGUCGGUGGACUUCCUGAACACGUUCCUGCUGACGUACCGCGUGUUCACGGACGGCGUGACGGUGCUGCAGGCGCUGCAGCGCGUGUUCUACGAGCAGUCGCAGGACGAGCCGCCGCCGCCGGAGCCCGCCGCCGCGCGCAAGGCCAGCGGCGCCAGCUCCGUCUCCGGUUAUGGGUCAGAAUACAGCGAUCGUGACUGGCAAUCAAGAUUCUGGCGAGGAUCGAGAAAAAGUGAAGAAGACGACAAAUUGUCACCAUAUUUAGCGGCACCGUCACGUCGACCUUCCAAUGUUAGCAAAGUCGAAGAAGAUAACAGCCAUUUGCAAAUCCCAAAAAUUAUGGCAACUUCUUCGAGCAACGAGACUCUUAAAGGCACAUCUCCAUCUUCGCCGAGUGCUGUAAGCUCCGUGACCCUAGUAGGUAGUCCUAAGAAGACAAGUCCAGUUGAUACCAUAUCUAAAACGGAGAGUCCCACACCAGAUAAGGACAAUGAUAAAGCGGCAGCUGCUAUCACGAAAGAUGAGAGCAUCGAGCUCGUGGACCAGAGCGAUGAGGAUAUCAAGUACAAGGAGGAGGAACAGGAGAAAAAUAAGUUUAAAAAAGACGAUAAAUUUAAAAUAUCCCAACGUUUCUCGGAGCGCGUGCGCACGCUGUCGGAGAGCCCGCGCCGCCUGCAGCCCGGCGCCGCCGACGCGCGCCGCCGCUCCGAGGGCGCGCGGGACGGCGCGGGCGGGGGCGGGGGCGGCGCGCCCGGCGAGCCUCGCCGCGCCUCCGACACGGCCGCGCGCGCGCCGCCCCGCCGCUCCAUCAGCGAAAGGCGUUGUACAAAUUCGUCGAUCAACAGCGAGAGGCGUCGGUACUGGGGUGGCUCUGAACCUAGGACUUCUGUCACCUCUCAAGUGUCUCAAAUGCAGAAUUAUCGUCGAGAGACCAGUCAAUCAAAAGCUGGAGUUGUUAUAACUUCCUUUCGCCAGUCGCACAGAAGCUUUGGAAAAGACCUGUUAUGGAGCAGUACAUCGACGGCAGCGGUUGCUUUUGCUGUGGCUACUUCAGCGUCAUCGAACCCUCGAUCUCCACCACCGACCUCUCCUCCUCAAACACGACGAGAUUCUGUUAUAUCAACAGCUGCUACUAUGAGAGUGUUGAACGUUUUAAGGCACUGGGUAUCCAAACACUCUUCAGACUUCUGGUCCGAUGAGCGGCUCCGAGGGUUGACGAUGGACUUUUUGAAGGAGAUCGAAGCGAGUCCAGGACUACUACCCGCCGAGCAUAAGUCAGCGGCGCAACUGUUGCGUUUACUUGAAAGACCUCCCGACAGAGCUGUCGAUUUGAAAGCCUUGUUUCUGCCACCGAGAGUUCCUACCAAAGAGAAUAUCGAAACCCUAUCAGCGCUGGAGAUUGCUGAACAAAUGACCUAUCUGGAUUACCAAAUCUUCAGUUUCAUACAUAGCGAGGAGUUCCUGGGGCAGGCGUGGACCAAGAGCGACAAGGCGGUGCGCGCGCCGCACAUCCUCAUGAUGACGGCGCACUUCAACCACAUCUCCAACCUCGUCAUCUCCGAGAUACUCAAGAAGUUCACCCUCGCUGGUCGAGUCGCAGCUAUUGAGAAGUGGGCGGCCGUGGCCGACAUCGCCAGAUGUCUGCACAACUUCAACGGAGUUCUGCAGGUCUGCGCUGCGCUGUCCAACACUUCAAUAUUCCGUUUGAAGAAAACUUGGGAGAAGGUGUCUAAGACUAGCAAAUAAACUAUAGAGAGAAUGCAGAAUUUGACGUCGUCUGAGUGUCGUUUCAGAGUGCUGCGUGAAGCUUUGCACAGAUGCGAUCCUCCCUGCAUUCCCUAUUUGGGCAUGUAUUUAUCAGACCUGUCGUUUAUAGAAGAAGGAACCACGAACUACACGCCGGAAGGAUUGUUGAAUUUUUCCAAGAUGAGAAUGAUCGCACACGUAAUACGGGAAAUCAGAAACUUCCAGCAGACUCCGUAUAAAAUUGAUCACAUACCAAAGGUGUGCGAGUUCCUGCUGGACCGCUCGCUGGUGAUCCCCGAGGAGCGGCAGUACACGCUGUCGCUGGAGCUGGAGCCGCGCGCGCCGCGCGGGUCCGGCGCCGGCCUGCACGCCGCGCCCGCGGAGCCCGCCUCGCCCGCCGCGCAGCGCCGCCGCCGCGCCUCGCUGGCCGCGCUCGCGCCGCUGGCGCCGCUGCGGUUAGCUCGGGCGCCGGCCUGCACGCCGCGCCCGCGGAGCCCGCCUCGCCCGCCGCGCAGCGCCGCCGCCGCGCCUCGCUGGCCGCGCUCGCGCCGCUGGCGCCGCUGCGGGCCGAGCGCUAGAGUGGCGACAGUUAGCUCGGGCGCCGGCCUGCACGCCGCGCCCGCCGAGCCCGCCUCGCCCGCCGCGCAGCGCCGCCGCCGCGCCUCGCUGGCCGCGCUCGCGCCGCUGGCGCCGCUGCGGGCCGAGCUUAGCUCGGGCGCCGGCCUGCACGCCGCGCCCGCGGAGCCCGCCUCGCCCGCCGCGCAGCGCCGCCGCCGCGCCUCGCUGGCCGCGCUCGCGCCGCUGGCGCCGCUGCGGGCCGAGCGCUAG